GGAAGGAUUAACAUGGCGUCUAUGGUUGCUGUGUUGAUCAGGGCCGUGGAUGAGAAAAACAAUAUACUGAGCAGGAAGAUAGACGGUCAAGCCGCAUUUUGACUUAAAACCUGCAUAUUACAGUAAGGCGUUGCAUAUUAUUUGUAGACGUUUGACGAUUUUGUCGUGCAUCAGUUUUAUAGAGUAGCUAGCUAGUUAAGCAAUUGUCAAUAGAAAAGCUUAGCCGCUAGCCAACUAGUGGAUAGAUGUCUAGUUUGCAAACUAGCCAUUUAUUAGCUACUUUGAUUUAUGUAGCUAGCUACCUAUCGUUAGCAAAACAGACAUUUUCUAGCUAGCUAGGAAGUCCGUGCGCGAGCUGCACGAUAUUUAUUUGUCUCGAGUUGUUAUGAAUACAUUGCAGUUUGCUGCUUCUGCAGGGUGUCUCGCUACGCGAGAAGGCCCUUUCGAGAUGUGGGUUGGUUUCGUUUCUUAAUAAACACAAGUGCUUCAGCCAUGGUUUUGUUCAGCUAACCAACUUGCUUUUUGCAACGCGAGUGUAUUUACGGACACCAGCGUUGCUCCGAAAGGUAUUGGGUUGGACAAAAAAACUGUCCGCGGGAAGCCUGAAGUUAAAUCAAAUUCAAUUUCAACUUACUGUGCUGAUUGGACGUUAUGACGGGGGAAUUUGAAACAUCUAGUUAAAGGAAUGUGUUAUUAGACCCACUUCCUCUCUGCUUACAUCAUGUCAAUAUAAAAGUCCCCCCACAAGUUACUCCGUUUUCGUCCACAUAUGGUGCACGUGCAGGACUUUUAUUUUUCAUAUGAGGUAAUGUGGUCCGCUGUAGCUCAAUUGGUAGAGCAUGGCGCUUGUAACGCCAGGGUAGUGGGUUCGAUCCCCGGGACCAGCCAUACGUAAAAAUGUAUGCACACAUGACUGUAAGUCGCUUUGGAUAAAAGCGUCUGCUAAAUGGCAUAUUAUUAUUAUUAGGUAAGCAUAGAGGAAAUGGUUUUACAACAGACCCACGUUUUGGAAAUUGUUUAAUAAUACUUUCCUUUACAUAUUUUGUCUCAAAUUCCCCUGUCAUAAUGACCAACCGUCCUGCCGCCACAGUAAGUUGAAAUUGAGUUGUAUUCAACUUCUGGCGUUUUGUGCAACACAAUACUAUUGGGAGCAAUGCUAGUGUAUAUACAUGCACCGCGUUGCUAAAUGCAGCUACUAGCCAAGUAACUACACCCUUUGUUAUAUUGUUAUUGUUGGUGAACACAUAAUUAGGAGAGGGAGUACAAACCAACGACGCUAGACAGAGAGGAAUUUGCUUAAGCAAAAGGCAGUUUAUUAAACACAGAGAUAUCUUGUACUGUUAGGCUACAUGCAUGGGAUCCUGCUAAUUAACAUGCAUGGACCCAAUCAAUUGCCUCUUAUGGAGACAGUUGAGAAGGAUGAUUAAACAGAGUUUACAGCAUUACUUUAUACAAUGUAACAUAAAGGAAGGGGUCCUUCUUCUAGUCCCUUGAUUGGUUCCCGAGGCGUAGGAGGCGGGUCUGCUCUGUCCAGAGCAGAUGCCCCAUUGGUGCACGGCAGAGUCCUCUGCCCUUGGCACCCGACCAGUAGACAGGGGAGUUGAGAAUGAGUGUGCGUGCAAAUGAAAUGUUUGUGUGUGUCCAGGGAACUGGUGAGGAGGAUCUGGUGAUUGUGGCCUUGGGUGUGGGUGUUGUCCUGUUAUUGCACUCCUGCAAGACUAGGCCAUCUGGUGACAAGAUAUGGCUGCUCUUCUCUGUCCUUUGUUCGACAACUAACACAACAGCACACUGUUAAUAUCAGACACAUGACAUUAUACUCUGUCUUUGCAAUAAACAUAGCUAGUUAUAUUAUUAUUACAUUUUUCUGAACUGGUCCAACUAACCAUAUUAUCCUAGCUUAGAUGCACUCUUGUUUAAAUCAGGCCUUUGGGACUUCAUUGCAGCAAAGGUUUUGCCACUGUCCAUUGGCUACAUUCUCAGUUCUUCUUACCAGUAGCAGAUACCUAAUUACUACAAUCUAUGAUUUGAUAGUAUUACUAUUUAGUAUAUAUGAAUAGUUUACGCUAUUGCUCUUCUAAGGUCAAUGUAGGUAAUGCCAACAAUGAAUGCAUUUAAUCUCUCCAGGUUUUCAUUGGACUAGCUGCCUCCCUAGACUCUGAUCAUCCUCAAUACAGAGUAGUAGCUAGAGAGUGGGAGAGGACAGGAUCGAGGCAUGGAGGAAUCAAAAAGCCCCCUAAAAUCAGUCAAGCCCUCUCGCAACGAGGCCAAGGGAGCCAAAGCUUCAUCCUCUGCCAGCUCCAGGCCCCUGAAAGAAGCUCCAGCCCAGAGAGAGGGCCACGGCCCCAAGCCUGCCACUGCCUGUCGGAGCAAGGAGAACAUCACCACAGCCAGGGAAGACCAUAAGGACCAAGGCAGUAACCGUGGGACAGGCACGGGCAGAGCCUCCACUGCCAGCCCUCAGGACCCAGGGAGAGGGAAGCCUCGUAGGCUGACUGGGAGGACCAGCUCUGGGGAGAGGGGGAAGGUGAGACUGGGAGGCCAACAGCAGCAGGGGGGUGAUGCUAGGCCCUCGUUGGUUACAGGACGCAGCCCGGCUGGUGUAGGUGGAGGCAGAGACACAGGGGCCACAGGUAUGGUGGCCACCUCAUCUGAAGAAGGCCUUACUUUACAGACCAAGACCCCCAAGACAGGUCCAUUGAAGGAGAAGUCACCGGGUGCGUUAUUCUAUACUUUACAUAGCUAUUGGUUAAUGUUUGAGCCAUUAGCUGCUACAAUAUAGACCUCUUGUUGCUGUUGUUGUUUUGUCAUGGAAACUGUUCUUGGUCAAAACAUUUGUUUCCUACAGCUGUUUCAUAUUAAUGCAUGGCUGUGUAUCUAUCUAUCAAUCUAUAUGAAGAGGUGAUCUGUCUGUGUUUGCAGGUGAGAAGGCCGGUGCUGUGGUGGGCACAGGGCAGCCUGCUGUGGAGGUCACUGUGGUGGGGUCAGGGGUCAACGAGCGGGGUCAGGGUGGAAACAUGACCUCUGAGCAGAAGCUGGGUCUCAGACAGGCUGAGGAGCGCCUCUACAGAGACUACAUACACAGACUGGUCAAGGUGAGGAGAGAAAAUAAGUUACUUUAGUUUGUAUCAGUCGACUGUAUGUAUUGUCUGUAUCAGUUACUGGAAUGUAUGUACACAAUUGCACAUUUAAGGCAACUUCAGUCUCAGGUUACAUGUCAGUCUUAUAGUGCUGAGCGAUUAACCUACCUUUUGGGUAUUUUUCUUUUUUUAAACAACUAAUUGACUAACAUCGAUUCAAUUAUUUGAAUUCCAUGUCGUUUCAGUUUUUUCUGUGAGCUCGAUACUCAGUUUCUGUAGAGAUAAAUCAGAUCAAGCCCGAACUGUGCAGUGUAGUAGGGAGUUGUAGUUUCCAACAGGCCAAUAUUCUACAUAGUUUAGCAGAGAAAAUUGGGUAAUUAACUACAAUGAGCAUAAUCCAUUGCGCGCGCCUAGCCUGCUUACUUGUCUGUGUGGAGCAGACACAAAGACCUAGUUGAGUCACAGAGAGAAAAAAAACGUGCGAGAGUGAUAGAAAGCAGUUGCUUUGCGAGGCGUACCUGAAAAUUCAUGCACUAAGUGAUUUUAUAUAGUUGGUAGCCUAUUCAGCAGUCAUAAAAGUAGGCCUUAUUUACUUUGAAGAACUAAUAAAAUAGUGAUUUUGUCUGACAACAUAGGCAGCAGCUCUAUAGAGAUGAGGACAUGGAAUAAAAUAAGUCAUUAAAUUUAAACAAAUGAAGUAUUUUAUUAAAGUAAUGUGAAUAAAUGAUGGUUAAGUGAUAAGCAGUAAUAAUAAUAAUAUGCCAUUUAGCAGACGCUUUUAUCCAAAGCGACUUACAGUCAUGUGCGCAUAAAUGUUUACGUAUGGGUGGUCCCGGGGAUCGAACCCACUACCCUGGCGUUACAAGCGCCAUACUCUACCAAUUGAGCUACAGAGGACCAGUCACUACCAUCAUGGGACUUUUAUUAAUUGUUUUAUUCUGUGAUGUCACAGUAUUCAACCCACAUAAUGCAUAGUGCAUUUAAUGUUUAAAACAAUUAAGAAAAUUGAAAAAUCAUGAUUAUUUAAAAAAAAUAAUCAACUGAACUCAAACAUCACUAAUAGCUAGCACUACAGUCUUAUCAACUUGUAAUUGGUUAAUUAGAAUUUUCACCAGGUAAAACUGUACCAAUGUUAAUAGUCAACAGCUCAAGACUUAGAGUUGAGAUUUCCAUGUCUACAUGGAAGAGGGGCGGGGCACUAUCAUAUCAUCAGUCUCUCACGUGAUUGGUUUCACUGCUCUCUCUCCACCUCUACAGCAGUCUCCUGAGUACCCUAACUUCCAGUACCUAUGCAAGCUGUGUUCUGUACACAUCGAGAACAUACAGGGGGCACACAAACACAUCAAGGAGAAAAGACACAAGAAGAACAUCAUGGUGAGAGAAAAAGUUAGCAACUUUAUUUAAUUAGUCAUAAUGAUCAUGUUCUCCAACGACAACUGAUGUGUACUGUAACUUGAGGAAAAAAAGAAGAAACCUGCACUGUAACUUAAAAGGGAAUCCUAGGCUGCUGUUAUUUCCAUUUGUAUGAUAUUUUAGAAGUGGAAAUGUUUAAUUGAGGUGGAGCUUAUUGAUGUGUGUAUCUGUAUAUUUUUCCUCUUUUGCUGCUUCCUACGCCUACGUCGGCCAUUUUGUAUCUCCCCCCCCAAACUCCAAAUGCUGUCAACAUUCUCCCUAGUCAAUUAGACCGGGACAUUAGAGGAGAUUUGGAUUCACCCUGCCUUUGUCCCUUUCCCCUGUGCUGUAACUGUUUUAGGAUAAGCAGGAGGAGAACGAGCUGCGGGCGCUGCCUGCCCCCUCCCCAGCCCAGCUUGGAGCCGUUGACGCAGCCGUCCUCCGGGCUGCCCAACAACACGGCAUCUCAGACCAGGACUUCCUGGUGCGACAGGAAGUGGUCGACAGGAUGGAGGAGAUCAUCCAGCAGCACCUCUCAGGUAACCAUCUCUUCCGAUCCUCCUGUCUCCUUCCUGUCAUCUAGGCCUCUGAUCGACCAAGUCUGAAUGGGUGAAAUCAGUAGCUUUUAGUAAGUAUAGGCUGAAUGGCAAAAGUUCCCAGGGGGGCAACAAACAAAUAAAAAUACAAUAGUAGGGAAUAAUAUCAUGGUACCAAAACGUCAUAAUACUUAUGAUGCCAACCUUUUAGAAUACGAAAGUACCGUUUCACAUGAUACUACCAAAUAUUUAGUCUCUGCUGGUGCCUGUUAUAAAAUGUUUAUAAUGACAGGAAACAUUUUCAGCAACAGCAGCUAGUCUUUCUCUUGUAUGUGCAGGUCCAAUAAUGUCCACUUCACUUUCAUGCGCAUAUAUCAAGUGUGGCAGCUGUGCUCAGCCAGCCACACCCCCUACCAGCACCUCACCUACUUCUCCAUCUGCUCUUUCUGCGAAUCUAUUUCUCCUGCUCAUCUAUUCCUCCCAUCAGUUUUUAAUUUAUAAUUUAGCUGUGAUGUCAAGCAGUGAUGCAGUCCCUGAUUAGUCAUCUGUUGUUACAUUUGAUACAUUGGAGCAGCGUAAGCAAAGUUGAUAGUGUAUAAUUUCAUUGCCUGUUAGAACCAAGAGCACAUGCCAGUCUGAGGCUUUGAAAGUUUCACUGUCAUGCAGCCUCUGAGUGCCAGAGAGGAAAAAUGUUGCACAGCUUUGCGACAGGCAUACUCGCAGCUUUACAACACAGAAAACGGCCUGUCUAGCCCUAGUCUAGCCCAAACCAUUCAAACAUAUGACCUACUUUAGAAAAUUUUAGCAUUGAUUCGCGCACAUUGAUAUAAUUUCACAAACCAUGUUGCGGGCCGUUUUAAACUAAUCACAGGCUGCUAAUUAUUGUUUUGAUAACAAACUGUGUGUGUUUGUAGGAGAUAUAGAGUGGUGAGAGAGGGAGUGUGUGUGUAUGGUUAACUGAAAAGUAAAAGAUGGUUUCAUGCAGUGUUUUCCCCUUACUGCCACAAUGACAUGCAGUUCAUUAUGCAUUCAUAUUAGGGCUGGAUGAUAUGGCCCAAAACUCAUAUCUCUAUUUUUUCCCCAAACUUAUGGGCGAUUCACGAUUAUAUAUCUCUAUUAAAAAAAUAAAAACUUUUUAAAAAAAUUCUCUAAAUAUGCUUUGUUGUACAAUUAAAGGUACAAUACACUGCAUUUAAAACAGUCAGCAAUAAUCUAAUGAAUUCAGAGCUUGUGAAAGUAUACCUAGGUUGAAUAUAUGCCUUCCACAACCAUAAGACCACUAAGCAUUUAAUUAUUUUAUCAAAAUAGUUGUACCUACUUUAUUUUGCAAUAAUCACUGAUCUGGCGUUCAGGUCUGUCUAUAAAAAUGCCCUUUCUGUUACAAAUUUAACCAGAACAUUAUAGAAAAUUAACACCGGUCUCAUAAACAAUCUCUCAAGCACAAGCCCACGUGCUAGUGAGUAGCCAGCUAAUAUUUAUAUUUCAAGUUUAGCCAACUUGGAUCUAGGUAUAAUUUCACAAGCUCAGAAUUCAGCUGAAAAGGAAAAUGUUGAAUUGUUAUGAACACAACUGUCCGUCUCCAACUGUUUUGAACAGCAUGCUAGCCUGUCCACUUUGUUCAGAUGUUGAAAUCAAGUGGCCUACCUUAUUUCUCAGAAUGAGAACGAGUUGCCAAUUAUUUAAAUAAUUGUUUCAUGCUUAUUGCACAAUUAUAAAACAGACUAAACAGCUAGUAUAACAAUCUUUAUUUGACUAAAAUGCUGCUAGCGAUACGUGGUACUGUAAUGUGCGCGCGACAAACUGAGCAUUCAUUUUCCAGAAUGAAUGUUCAUUGGUACAUCCGUUUUAGUAGUGUCUGCUCUGCUCGAAAUUUGAGGAGUUGAAACAUAAACAGGGUAUGGUUCGAAAGGUUAACUUCUCCUCUAUUACAGUAAAAUAAUGUCUCCAUGUGUUUCGGUGUCCAUAUGACUGAUUCUGUUGGACCAAACCUCCAAAUGCAAAUAGUUGAAAGAGUUGAAACCGUGUGUCAGAGAGGAAGAAGUGAUCUCAAAUUGUUUUGUUUGUUGUGAGUGGUAGUUGAGGGGCUUGGGAGAAAGAGACUAAGCGAGAGGUUUCACUCUCGCCAAAAUAUGUCCAAAAUAAGCCCAAUGCGGUUCUAUGCGCUUAUUUUGAACCUUGACACCCGCCUUCCCAACUUUGGGACAACGACACAUAGGGCAUAGACAUGAGCAUCUCGUCAUUAUAUACAGAUCUCUGGUGUAAAUGGGAAGGUGCACAGCACAGAAGGAGCGAAAGAGACGAGACCAAAAAUACAAAAUGAGAACAAGUGGACAUACAGUGGGGAAAAAAAGUAUUUAGUCAGCCACCAAUUGUGCAAGUUCUCCCACUUAAAAAGAUGAGAGAGGCCUGUCAUUUUCAUCAUAGGUACACGUCAACUAUGACAGACAAAUUGAGAAAAAAAAAUCCAGAAAAUCACAUUGUAGGAUUUUUUAUGAUUUUUUUUGCAAAUUAUGGUGGAAAAUAAGUAUUUGGUCACCUACAAACAACCAAGAUUUCUGGCUCUCACAGACCUGUAACUUCUUCUUUAAGAGGCUCCUUUGUCCUCCACUCGUUACCUGUAUUAAUGGCACCUGUUUGAACUUGUUAUCAGUAUAAAAGACACCUGUCCACAACCUCAAACAGUCACACUCCAAACUCCACUAUGGUCAAGACCAAAGAGCUGUCAAAGGACACCAGAAACAAAAUUGUAGACCUGCACCAGGCUGGGAAGACUGAAUCUGCAAUAGGUAAGCAGCUUGGUUUGAAGAAAUCAACUGUGGGAGCAAUUAUUAGGAAAUGGAAGACAUACAAGACCACUGAUAAUCUCCCUCGAUCUGGGGCUCCACGCAAAAUCUCACCCCGUGGGGUCAAAAUGAUCACAAGAACGGUGAGCAAAAAUCCCAGAACCACACGGGGGGACCUAGUGAAUGACCUGCAGAGAGCUGGGACCAAAGUAACAAAGUCUACCAUCAGUAACACACUACUCUGCCAGGGACUCAAAUCCUGCAUUGCCAGACGUGUCCCCCUGCUUAAGCCAGUACAUGUCCAGGCCCGUCUGAAGUUUGCUAGAGUGCAUUUGGAUGAUCCAGAAGAGGAUUGGGAGAAUGUCAUAUGGUCAGAUGAAACCAAAAUAUAACUUUUUGGUAAAAACUCAACUCGUCGUGUUUGGAGGACAAAGAAUGCUGAGUUGCAUCCGAAGAACACCAUACCUACUGUGAAGCAUGGGGGUGGAAACUUCAUGCUUUGGGGCUGUUUUUCUGCAAAGGGACCAGGACGACUGAUCCGUGUAAAGGAAAGAAUGAAUGGGGCCAUGUAUCGUGAGAUUUUGAGUGAAAACCUCCUUCCAUCAGCAAGGGCAUUGAAGAUGAAACGUGGCUGGGUCUUUUAGCAUGACAAUGAUCCCAAACACACCUCCCGGGCAACGAAGGAGUGGCUUCGUAAGAAGUAUUUCAAGGUCCUGGAGUGGCCUAUCCAGUCUCCAGAUCUCAACCCCAUAGAAAAUCUUUGGAGGGAGUUGAAAGUCUGUGUUGCCCAGCGACAGCCCCAAAACAUCACUGCUCUAGAGGAGAUCUGCAUGGAGGAAUGUGCCAAAAUACCAGCAACAGUGUGUGAAAACCUUGUGAAGACUUACAGAAAACGUUUGACCUGUGUCAUUGCCAACAAGGGGUAUAUAACAAAGUAUUGAGAAACUUUUGUUAUUGACCAAAUACUUAUUUUCCACCAUAAUUUGCAAAUAAAUUCAUUAAAAAUCCUACAAUGUGAUUUUCUGGAUUGUUUUUUCUCAUUUUGUCUGUCAUAGUUGACAUGUACCUAUGAUGAAAAUUACAGGCCUCUCUCAUCAUUUUAAGUGGGAGAACUUGCACAAUUGGUGGCUGACUAAAUACUUUUUUUCCCCACUGUAAACGCUCAUAAAAACGAAAAAUACAAAAGUACUUGAUUCUGCGAUACAGGCAUUUGGAAUAUCGCGCAAAAACAUACAUUUUAAUUAAUCUAAUUAAUUUGAUAUAUUGCCCAGCCCUAAUUCAUAUUCCUUCCUCCCAUUUCUCCUGCCAAAUUACAGGUAGGCCUUUUGAAAACAUGAGAAAAUUAGCAAUUUUAUGCUGUAUUAUAUUAUACACUGAACAGUGUAAGGUUCAGUUCAAUGUGUUGUAUUGAGUAGAAUUGUGAAUAUCAGUGACUGGUGUUUGUGUAGCACAUCCGCAGAACAUUUUGAAAAAGGGAACAGGUGUCUGGGGAACGGGGCGAACAGGACGCUAGGCCACUCUGACAUUUUCCCUAGUGGUAUCGCGAUACUACACUGGUAUGAUAUCAUGAGUGAAAUGUUGGUAUUGUGACAACACUAGUAGGGAGAUUAUAUGAUUGAAUCAUGUAUAAUGCUGUUUAAUGUAUGGCUUUUGGUGUUUCUUUUCCAGUUUGCUCCCUUCGGCUCUACGGCUCCUGUCUCACCCGAUUUGCCUUCAAGACAAGUGACAUUAACAUUGACGUCACCUACCCCUCCACUGUAAGUCUUUGCUGUGUCCUCACCUAACCACUAAUGCAAGUUAUAUAAAUGCAAAGUGCGUGCACAUCAAAUUGUUGUUAGUUUUAAGACGUAUCUUUGGAGUUAAGUUACAUCAGUGGUAAUCAAUGUAGGCAAAUAAGGGAAGGAGGCUAUUCAAUACUAUUGGGACACAGCCUUGGUUUGCAUCAUCACCUCAAUGUCAGUCUGUAUCAGAAGAUCCCUGAUUGCUCUUCAACAUGAUUGUCUUGGAUAGGAUUUAACUGAUUGGCUAUGCUUAUUAAUUAAGAGGAUCCAAGUACCUGUGAAUUAUUGGACUCCUAAACAGGACACUGUAAAACAAAACACAAUUAACAGUGGAAUGAAUAUGAUGUGCCUCCACUUCUGCUUGCUCUUUGGGGUCUAGACCGGAGUCACUGUAAAAUCACUUUGUGACUGCUGAUGUAAUAAAGGGCUUUAUGAAUACUAGUGGUGUAAUGGUUCAACAAAUCCACAGUUCAGUAUAUUGUGAAUUUGGGGUUACGGUUUGGUUUCGGUACAGCGUGAACAUGAAUGCCAACUGUAUUCCUGAUUCCAUAUAUGAUCAUUAGUCAUAAUGCCUGACACCACAAUCAGGAAUACCAAUACUUUGUAUUUUCUUAAAUGAAAACAUGAUUACUCAUCAACAACAACACUAAAAUAAAGUGCAAUAUGCGUGUGAAAUCAAUAUGUAAUCAUGGCUCAGACAUUGUGCAGGCCUAUGCUAUAAUGCGUUCUUACAAAGAGAAAAGUAUGCACACUUGUGUGAUUCUCAUAAAGGGUCCGUGGCUGUAGCAUGUACAGUGCAUUCGGAAAGUAUUCAGGCUCCUUGACUUUUUCCACGUUUUGUUACGUUACAGCCUUAUUCUAAAAUGGAUACAAUUAUUAAUUUUUCCUCAUCAAUCUACACACUACCCCAUAAUGACAAGUGAAAACAGGUUUUCAGAAAAAAUAAAACACAGAAAUACCUUAUUAACAUAAGUAUUCAGACCCUUUGCUAUGAGACUCGAAAUUGAGCUCAGGUGCAUCCUGUUUCCAUUGAUCAUGAUUGAUGUUUCUACGCCUUGAUUGGAGUCCACCUGUGGUAAAUUCAAUUGAUUGGACAUGAUUUGGAAAGGCACACACCUGUCUAUAUAAGGUCCCACAGUUGACCGUGCAUGUCAGAGCAAAAACCAAGCCAUGUUGUCAAAAGAAUUGUCCGUAGAGCUCAGAGACAGGAUUGUGUCAAGGCACAGACCUGGGGAAGGGUACCAAAAAAUGUCUGCAGCAUUGAAGGUCCCCAAGAACACAGUGGCCUCUAUCAUUCUUAAAUGGAAGAAGUUUGGAACCACCAAGACUCUUCCUAGAGCUGGCCGUCCGGCCAAACUGAGCAAUCGGGAGAGAAGGGCCUUGGUCAGGGAGGUGACCAAGAACCUGAUGGUCACUCUUGACAGAGCUCCAGAGUUCCUCAGUGGAGAUGGGAGAACCUUCCAGAAGGACAACUAUCUCUGCAGCACUCCACCAAUUAGAGUGGCCAGACAGAAGCCACUCCUCAGUAAAAGGCAUGUGACAGCCCACUUGGAGUUUGCCAAAAGGCACCUAAAGGACUCUGACCAUGAGAAACAAGAUUCUCUGGUCUGAUGAAACCAAGAUUGAACUCUUUGGCCUGAAUGCCAAGCGUCACGUCUGGAGGAAACCUGGCACCAUCCCUACGGUGAAGCAUGGUGGUGGCAGCAUCAUGCUGUGGGGAUGUUUUUCAGCGGCAGGGACUGGGAGACCAGUCAGGAUCGAGGGAAAGAUGAACGGAGCAAAGUACAAAGAGAUCCUUGAUGAAAACCUGCUCCAGAGCGCUCAGAACCUCAGACAAGGGCGAAGGUUCACCUUCCAACAGGACAACAAACCUAAGCACACAGCCAAGACAACGCAGUUUCGGCUUCGGGACAAGUCUCUGAAUGUCCUUGAGUGACCCAGCCAGAGCUCGGACUUGAACCCGAUGGAACAUCUCUUGAGAGACCUGAAAAAAGCUAUGCAGCGACGCUCACCCUCCAACCUGACAGAGCUUGAGAGCAUCUGCAGAGAAGAAUGAGAGAAACUCCCCAAAUACAGGUGUGCCAAGCUUGUAGCAUCAUACCCAAGAAGACUCGAGGCUGUAAUCGCUGCCAAAGGUGCGUCAACAAAGUACUGAAUAAAGGGUCUGAAUACUAAUGUAAAUGUAAUAUUUCAGUUUUUUAUUUUUAAUGAAUUAGCAAAAAUGUCUUAACCUGUUUCUGAUUGGUCUUUAUGAGGUAUUGUGUGUGGAUUGAUAAGGGGGAGAAAAAAACAAUUGAAUCCAUUUUAGAAUAAGGCUGUAACGUAGCAAAAUGUGGAAAAAGUCAAUACUUUCCGAAUGCACUGUAAUUCUAAUUUCCCACUCCGGGGUAAUGUGAUGUGCUGUCACUGUUAAGUACAGUGGGGGAAAAAAAGUAUUUAGUCAGCCACCAAUUGUGCAAGUUCUCCCACUUAAAAAGAUGAGUGGCCUGUAAUUUUCAUCAUAGGUACACACACGUCAACUAUGACAGACAAAAUGAGAAAAAAAAUUUUUUCCAGAAAAUCACAUUGUAGGAUUUUUAAAUGAAUUUAUUUGCAAAUUAUGGUGGAAAAUAAGUAUUUGGUCAAUAACAAAAGUUUCUCAAUACUUUGUUAUAUACCCUUUGUUGGCAAUGACACAGGUCAAAUGUUUUCUGUAAGUCUUCACAAGGUUUUCACACACUGUUGCUGGUAUUUUGGCCCAUUCCUCCAUGCAGAUCUCCUCUAGAGCAGUGAUGUUUUGGGGCUGUCGCUGGGCAACACGGACUUUCAACUCCCUCCAAAGAUUUUCUAUGGGGUUGAGAUCUGGAGACUGGCUAGGCCACUCCAGGACCUUGAAAUGCUUCUUACGAAGCCACUCCUUCGUUGCCCGGGCGGUGUGUUUGGGAUCAUUGUCAUGCUGAAAAGACCCAGCCACGUUUCAUCUUCAAUGCCCUUGCUGAUGGAAGGAGGUUUUCACUCAAUCUCACGAUACAUGGCCCCAUUCAUUCUUUCCUUUACACGGAUCAGUCGUCCUGGUCCCUUUGCAGAAAAACAGCCCCAAAGCAUGAUGUUUCCUCCCCCAUGCUUCACAGUAGGUAUGGUGUUCUUUGGAUGCAACUCAGCAUUCUUUGCCCUCCAAACACGACAAGUUUAGUUUUUACCAAAAAGUUCUAUUUUGGUUUCAUCUGACCAUAUGACAUUCACCCAAAUGCACUCUAGCAAACUUCAGACGGGCCUGGGCAUGUACUGGCUUAAGCAGGGGGACACGUCUGGCACUGCAGGAUUUGAGUCCCUGGCGGUGUAGUGUGUUACUGAUGGUAGGCUUUGUUACUUUGGUCCCAGCUCUCUGCAGGUCAUUCACUAGGUCCCCCCGUGUGGUUCUGGGAUUUUUGCUCACCGUUCUUGUGAUCAUUUUGACCCCACGGGGUGAGAUCUUGCGUGGAGCCCCAGAUCGAGGGAGAUUAUCAGUGGUCUUGUAUGUCUUCCAUUUCCUAAUAAUUGCUCCCACAGUUGAUUUCUUCAAACCAAGCUGCAUACCUAUUGCAGAUUCAGUCUUUCCCAGCCUGGUGCAGGUCUACAAUUUUGUUUCUGGUGUCCUUUGACAGCUCUUUGGUCUUGGCCAUAGUGGAGUUUGGAGUGUGACUGUUUGAGGUUGUGGACAGGUGUCUUUUAUACUGAUAACAAGUUCAAACAGGUGCCAUUAAUACAGUUAACGAGUGGAGGACAGAGGAGCCUCUUAAGAAGUUACAGGUCUGUGAGAGCCAGAAAUCUUGCUUGUUGGUAGGUGACCAAAUACUUAUUUUCCACCAUCAUUUGCAAAUAAAUUCAUUAAAAAUCCUACAAUGUGAUUUUCUGGAUUUUUUUUCUCAAUUUGUCUGUCAUAGUUGACGUGUACCUAUGAUGAAAAUUACAGGCGCCUCUCAUCUUUUUAAGUGGGAGAACUUGCACAAUUGGUGGCUGACUAAAUACUUUUUUUCCCCACUGUAGCUCUCUGUAGCCAUGGAUGUCCAUCCAUUUGUAGUAAGCGCAACACAGAGUGCAUUGGCCAAUUCAUUGACAACUUUAGCUUGCUUAUAUAGAGUACUACCUGUUUGCUGAAAUGGGUGAGAGAGGACGAAGUUCAUAACGUGGCUCGAGCCCUUUCACAAGGUGCUGAAACAGAACUAGUUCCCGGCUGCGCCUCACAAAAGGACAGUUUGAAAUACGCCAAUUAAGAUUUGAAUUUUGAUUACAACUUGUUCAUAGGCUCUAGUUUUAACGGAAUAGCCUGAAAUGUUUUUGUCAGCCCAGACUUACUAGCGGUGUACAACGCAGCGUAGGCAUAGCCUAUAGGUCUAGUGUUUAAAUGUUGUACAUACAUUUUUUUUGGGUUCACAGUGCGGACCGAACAGAGUUCACCGAAUUUUUACGCUCCUAAUGAAAAGAUUUGAUUGAAUUUGAUAUGAUCAACUUUGAUGCCCUGACCCUGACUAACAAAUGUCAUGCUGUUUUUGUCUCGCCAGAUGACCCAACCAGAUGUGCUGAUACUAGUACUGGAAAUCCUGAAGAACAGCAGUGAGUGUUGAACAGCGCUGCAUGAAUAAACACACACACUCAGUCAGUGUAGAGAGCGAUUGUCGAGUCGGCAUAAGGAGGAUUGUGUUGUGGCACCAGACAGAGUCAGUGAGGUCUUUGUUCCAGCCCACAGGCCAGAGCAGGGCAGAGUAGAGCUGUACUGAGUUCUGUGUCAGACUGGAGAGUCCAUAUUAACCUCCUUGAAUGAAUAACGUUAUGAAAACAGAACAUUUAUAGAAAACUGAAACUAAUGCACAGUGGUUUUAAUACAACCCCCUUUGGGAAAUUACACUACCAGUUAAAAGUUUGGACAAACCUACUCAUUCAAGGGUUUUUCUUUAUUUUUACUAUCUAUUUUCUACAUUGUAGAAUAAUAGUGAAGACAUCAAAACUAUGAAAUAACACAUAUGGAAUCAUGUAGUAACCAAAAAACGGUUAAAUAAAUCAAAAUAUAUUUUAUAUUUGAGAUUCUUCAAAUAGCCACCCUUUGCAUUGAUGACAGCUUUGCACACUCUUGGCAUUCUCUCAACCAGCUUCAUGAGGUAGUCACCUGGAAUGCAUUUCAAUUAACAGGUGUGCCUUGUUAAAAGUUAAUUUGUGGAAUUUCUUUCCUCCUUAAUGCGUUUGCGCUAAUCAGUUGUGUUGUGACAAGGUAGUGGGGUAUACAGAAGAUAGCCCUAUUUGGUAAAAGACCAAGUCCAUAUUAUGGUAAGAACAGCUCAAAUAAGCAAAGGGAAAUGACAGUCCAUCAUUACUUUAAGACAUGAAGGUCAGUCAAUACGGAACAUUUCAAGAACUUUGAACGUUUCUUCAAGUGCUGUCGCAAAAACCAUCAAGCGCCAUGAUGAAACUGACUCUCAUGAAGACCGCCACAGGAAUGGAAGACCCAGAGUUACCUCUGCUGCAGAGGAUAAGUUCAUUAGAGUUACCAGCCCCAGAAAUUGCAGCCCAAAUAAAUGCUUCACAGAGAUCAAGUAACAGACACAUCUCAACAUCAACUGUUAAGAGGAGACUGUGUGAAUCAGGCCUUCAUGGUCGAAUUGCUGCAAAGAAACCACUACUAAAGGACACCAAUAAGAUGAAGAGACUUGCUUGGGUCAAGAAACACGAGCAAUGGACAUUAGACUGGUGGAAAUGUGUCCUUUGGUCUAGAGUCCAAAUUGGAGAUUUUUGGUUCCAAUCUUUGUGAGACACGGUGUGGGUGAACGGAUGAUCUCCGCAUGUGUAUUUCCCACCGUAAAGCAUGGAGGAGGAGGUGUUAUGGUGUGGGGGUGCUUUGCUGGUGACGUUGCCUGUGAUUUAUUUAGAAAUCAAGGCACAGUUAACCAGCAUGGCUACCACAGCAUUCUGCAGCGAUACGUCAUCCCAUCUGGUUUGGGCUUAGUGGGACUGUCAUUUGUUUUUCAACAGGACAAUGACCCAACACACCUCCAGGCUGUGUAAGGGCUAUUUUACCAAGAAGGAGAGUGUUGGAGUGCUGCAUCAGAUGACCUGGCCUCCGCAAUCCCCCGACCUCAACCAAAUUGAGAUGGUUUGGGAUGAGUCGGACCGCAGAGUGAAGGAAAAGCAACCAACAAGUGCUCAGCAUAUGUGGGAAGUCCUUCAACAAGACUGUUAGAAAAGCAUUCCAGGUGAAGCUGGUUGAGAGAAUGCCAAGAGUGUGCAAAGCUGUCAUCAAGGCAAAGGGUGGGUAUUUGAAUAAUCUCAAAUAUAUAAUAAUAAUAAUAAUAAUAAUAAUAAUAAUAAUAAUAUGCCAUUUAGCAGACGCUUUUAUCCAAAGUGACUUACAGUCAUGUGUGCAUACAUUUCUACGUAUGGGUGGUCCUGGGGAUUGAACCCACUACCCUGGCGUUACAAGCGCCAUGCUCUACCAAUUGAGCUACAGAGGACCACUAUAAAUAUAUUUUGAUUUGUUUAACACUUUUUGGGUUACUACAUGAUUCCAUAUGUGUUAUUUCAUAGUUUAUUUCUUCACUAUUAUUCUACAAUGUAGAAAAUAGUAAAAAUAAAGAAAAACCCUUGAAUGAGUAGGUGUUCUAAAACUUUUGACCGGUAGUGUAGAUUAAACAAUCUUUUUCAGAAGUUACAGUAUAUCAGUUGGGGAGCCAGCCAGUAGAUAAUGUUGUUGUCUUUGAGUUUGGGAGCAGUCAAAGAAUGGUCACCUUUCCCUUUACAGCUGAAUAUUCUGAGGUGGAGUCUGACUUUCACGCCAAAGUUCCGGUAGUGUUUUGCAGAGAUGUCAAGAGGUCAGUGGAAUGUCAACUCUACUGCUUUCUAUUAGCUCUACUGUCACCUAUUUACAACCUACUACUGUUUGAAAUAUCCUCUGAGUUACUGGUUGCUGGGUGGUUUUCUUUACUGGGCACAUUAUAGCAAAACAUUUUGCAACAGAAAACAAAAAUGAGAGUUUCUUAUUGGACAAGUUCAGGUAGCCCCUCUCGGUUUCAGUCAGUUUUCUUCAGUUUGGUGCCUAAUGAAUACAACCCUGAUGAGUGUGUUGUAUCUCCGCAGUAGGUUGUUGUGCAAGGUGAGUGCAGGUAAUGACGUAGCCUGCCUCACUAGCAACCACCUGGCUGCCCUGGCUAGACUGGAACCCAGACUGGUGCCUCUGGUCCUGGCCUUCCGCCUCUGGGCUAAGGUAAGGCUGGCUUGGAGGACCUUCUCUUUUAUGGAUAGUAUGCAAUCAUAUGAUGUAAAUGGUAUCUACAGUGGGGAAAAAAAGUAUUUAGUCAGCCACCAAUUGUGCAAGUUCUCCCACUUAAAAAGAUGAGAGAGGCCUGUAAUUUUCAUCAUAGGUACACGUCAACUAUGACAGACAAAUAUAGAUUUUUAUUUCCAGAAAAUCACAUUGUAGGAUUUUUUAUGAAUUUAUUUGCAAAUUAUGGUGGAAAAUAAGUAUUUGGUCACCUACAAACAAGCAAGAUUUCUGGCUCUCACAGACCUGUAACUUCUUCUUUAAGAGGCUCCUCUGUCCUCCACUCGUUACCUGUAUUAAUGGCACCUGUUUGAACUUGUUAUCAGUAUAAAAGACACCUGUCCACAACCUCAAACCGUCACACUCCAAACUCCACUAUGGCCAAGACCAAAGAGCUGUCAAAGGACACCAGAAACAAAAUUGUAGACCUGCACCAGGCUGGGAAGACUGAAUCUGCAAUAGGUAAGCAGCUUGGUUUGAAGAAAUCAACUGUGGGAGCAAUUAUUAGGAAAUGGAAGACAUACAAGACCACUGAUAAUCUCCCUCGAUCUGGGGCUCCACGCAAGAUCUCACCCCGUGGGGUCAAAAUGAUCACAAGAACGGUGAGCAAAAAUCCCUGAACCACACGGGGGGACCUAGUGAAUGACCUGCAGAGAGCUGGGACCAAAGUAACAAAGCCUACCAUCAGUAACACACUACGCCGCCAGGGACUCAAAUCCUCCAGUGCCAGACGUGUCCCCCUGCUUAAGCCAGUACAUGUCCAGGCCGUCUGAAGUUUGCUAGAGUGCAUUUGGAUGAUCCAGAAGAGGAUUGGGAGAAUGUCAUAUGGUCAGAUGAAACCAAAAUAUAACUUUUUGGUAAAAACUAAACUCGUCGUGUUUGGAGGACAAAGAAUGCUGAGUUGCAUCCAAAUAACACCAUACCUACUGUGAAGCAUGGGGGUGGAAACAUCAUGCUUUGGGGCUGUUUUUCCGCAAAGGGACCAGGACGACUGAUCCGUGUAAAGGAAAGAAUGAAUGGGGCCAUGUAUCGUGAGAUUUUGAGUGAAAACCUCCUUCCAUCAGCAAGGGCAUUGAAGAUGAAACGUGGCUGGGUCUUUCAGCAUGACAAUGAUCCCAAACACACCGUCCGGGCAACGAAGGAGUGGCUUCGUAAGAAGCAUUUCAAGGUCCUGGAGUGGCCUAGCCAGUCUCCAGAUCUCAACCCCAUAGAAAAUCUUUGGAGGGAGUUGAAAGUCCGUGUUGCCCAGCGAAAGCCCUAAAACAUCACUGCUCUAGAGGAGAUCUGCAUGGAGGAAUGGGACAAAAUACCAUCAACAGUGUGUGAAAACCUUGUGAAGAUUUACAGAAAACGUUUGACCUGUGUCAUUGCCAACAAAGGGUAUAUAACAAAGUAUUGAGAAACUUUUGUUAUUGACCAAAUACUUACUUUCCACCAUAAUUUGCAAAUAAAUUCAUUAAAAAUCCUACAAUGUGAUUUUCUGGAUUUUUUUUUUCUCAUUUUGUCUGUCAUAGUUGACGUGUACCUAUGAUGAAAAUUACAGGCCUCUCUCAUCUUUUUAAGUGGGAGAACUUGCACAAUUGGUGGCUGACUAAAUACUUUUUUUCCCCACUGUAUCUAGUGCUUUUGAUAAUUGCACUUUUUCAAUGUUCAGGCCUUUGCUGACUUAACCUAAACCUCUUCAUGCCAACAGUUCUUAAAGUUUACUGUAUUUGUGAGAAGUAGAAAGUAAAACGUGUGUGUGGUUUUCAUUGUAAUGAGUCAAUGACAUGAUGGCUCGACAUACCAUUGCAUACUGUAGCUUUAGUUGUUUUAAUGAUACCAACAGCCGCUGACCAGAGAGAAUGUGUUGUCAAUGACUUACCAGAUGAAGUAAAGAUAAUUCUAUAUUUGGUUGUUUCUGUUCCUCUAGUUGUGCCACAUUGACUGCCAGGCGGAAGGGGGCAUCCCAUCCUACUCCUUCUCCCUCAUGGUCAUCUUCUUCCUCCAACAACGCAGGGAGCCCAUCCUCCCUGUCUACUUCGGCUACUGGGUAGGUGACACCACAGAAAUAUAAUAACUAGAAUGGACGUUGUUCUCUUUAUCACACAUUUGAUCAUUUUAUAGAACUGGUCACCAUUAUGACAGGCACAUUUGAAGUUAAUGCAUUACUUUCAGGUGACAAGUCAUAACAUGUUGCUGGGUUUUUUCUCUCUCCAUUUUCUGUUGUUGAUAGCGAGACUAUGUUGUGUUCUGUUUCAGAUUGAAGGCUUUGAUGUGAAGCAUGUGGAUGAGUACCAUCUGACGGGGAUAGAGAUGGAUAUAUUUGUGGGGUGGGAGCACCGACCCCCCAGUACAGAGGGACGGGGGGACGGCAGGGGGGAAGGACGGAAGGCCAAGCCUGAGCAAAAGAAACCUGAUGUGAAGAACCGGCAUGUAGCGGGGAUGGUGAGUAGUCUGGGAGGGGAGGGAUCUAGUCCCAAAAGCAGGGCUCUGCAAACAGCACACGCACGCUAUGGUCGAGUUCUGAUUUUUCUCCACUUUUCCCAGAAGUGUACACUUGCUCACUCCCCCCUUCAUGGAUUUAUUGGAUUGGUUUGCAUAAGCUAGCAAGAGGGAAUUCUGACACCAGUCUAUUGGGAACGCUUAAUGACACCUUUCAUAAAUAAUUAAUCCAUGAAGGGGAGUGAACGAGGAGAGAAUGUGACCAUAACUAUGGCUUUCAAGAAUCGGAAUGCUUUUUAUGUAGCUUCCUGAACUAAGCCUAUGUCACAUCUGACAUAGUGUAUUUCCCUCUCUCUGUCCCUCCCAGACGCGUCUAUCCCUGGACCUGGGUAAGGGUGUGUCCCUGGGCCAGCUGUGGCUGGAGCUGCUGAGGUUCUACACGCUGGAGUUCGCCCUGGAUGAACACAUAAUCAGCAUCCGCCUCAAAGAACUUCUCUCCAGAGAGAUGAAGAACUGGCCCCGGCGCAGACUGGCCAUCGAGGGUAAGCGAGAGGGUGUAUUCAGAGAGAUGAAACGUUCAGAAAGUUGCAGAAGGAAACGUAAUGAAUAGAGCUGAGAUGAUCCCUCUAUUCUACAUGACAGACAAUCAGGUUUGUUCUACACGAUACAUUUUUAUGUAUGACUAGCUCCCCUCCUUUGUUACCUAUUUUGUCCUUACAAUUUGUCUCCCUCAGUGAGCCUUCUGAUGUACUAGGUGUUAAUAGGUUAAAGUUAUGUGGUGGAAAGGUCAGAAGGGACUAUUUUUCAUGGUUAGAUUUCUCUUAGUGAGUUUCUACACACCACUACCACCUUUCAAGUCGUGAUCCUCCAUUUCCUCUUCUCUCAGAUCCGUUUGCCCUGAAGAGGAACGUCGCACGCAGCCUCAACAGUCAGAUGGUCUUUGAGUACAUCCAGGAGCGCUUCCGCACCGCCUACAAAUACUUUGCCUGCCCACAGAGCAAGGACAGAAACACCGGGGUGCACCAGAGAGGUACGAAGCCAACCAAACAUGGGGGCAUGAAACAGGAGGAGGGAGAAAGGAAGGGUGGAGAAGAGGGGUCUGAAAAGAGUGGAGGUGGAGAGGGCGUUGGGAAGGAAGGUAAAAGUCAGAGCUCUGAGACGGGACAGAAGGAGAAUGGUGAGAGUGAUGAAGAAGAAAGAGCUGAGCGGGCUCAGGAGAAGGAGGAGAGGGCAUUGAAUGGCGGCCUUAUGGACUUGGUCCUCAGCGAGGGGGGCAGUUCUACGGAUGGGGCUGGAGCUGAGCCUGGCACCAUCCUGGAGCCUUCCUCCGCCUCAACCCAUAACGGCCUACUGGAUGAGGAUGAGGAGGAGAACCAUGUGUCGGACAAGCAGGGACAUAUUGCACCGGAGGACCUGCACUAUAUCUUUGACAGAAUGAUUUUCACUGGUGGAAAGGUAAUGCAUAACCCCUGUGAUACCUUUCCACUCAUCAAACUUGUUUUCCAAUGGACAAUGUCAAUUCUAGAACUGAUUUGACAGCACAUUUUAUAUAUCUUUAUAUAAGUUCCAGAACUCCUUUGCCAUAAAUGUAAUAGUUUGACUCAAAUAGAUUUGGCUUAAAGUUGAUGAAAAAGCAGGUCUUUACCAUAGUUUUCAGGUAUUAUCUUAUCUCAAUGAGUUUCUGGUCAUUUGGAUGUUCACAGGUUCUGCUUUCCAACAUGUCAAUCAUCUUUAUUAUUUGAUUCUCUCCCCUGCAGCCUCCUACAGUUGUGUGCAGCACCUGUAAGAGAGAUGGCCAUCUGAAGGACGAGUGUCCUGAGGACUUCAAGAAGAUCGAGCUCAAACCGCUGCCCCCCAUGACCGACCGCUUCAGAGACAUCCUGGAUGGCCUUUGUAGACUCUGCUACCGUAAGUCAUCUGCUGUUCAACAUUAUUCUGCCAUCUUGGAAGGAGUUUGAGUGAUUUGUCCAGAUUUUGUCAGAGCAUAUCUUCUAUAUUAUGGAGCUAAGACAGGUGUCUUUAACCCUACACUGUUACAAACAGUAUAUAGACUUAAAUAUUAAUAUAGACACAAAUAGGAAUUCUCAAGCACGCUAAAUAUCAUUUUUGUGUGACUUUUGUUAAAUGUCUGUUGUGUUUGUAGAUGAGCUGGCCCCUUCCCUUGGAGAGCAGCAGAAGAGAGAGCAGAUCAUGGGUAGUCUGGAGAGGUUCAUACAAAAGGAGUACAAUGGUACGUACUGAGUUGCAUAUGUAACAGCUGAGAUAACAGUAAUGUAAAGGAAUACGGAACUUCCUAUACAUUGGAGUACCACUUCAGUAUGGUAUUAUAAAACAUCUAUGAUCUCAUUUUACAGACCAUGCCCAGCUGUGUUUGUUUGGCUCCUCCAAGAACGGCUUUGGUUUCCGUGACAGCGAUCUGGACAUCUGCAUGACCCUGGAGGGCCAUGAUACAGCAGAGGUACAUGGACGCACUAGACCGGCACCCAUUUUGACAUUUUGAACUUAGCCUUCAGUUCUUUGUCUGAUCUCAUCUCCCUAGUCAUUCUGAGAUGUAUAUCUGUCUACCUCUACUCAACAGAAGUUGAACUGCAAAGAGAUCAUCGAAGGCCUAGCCAAGGUGCUAAAGAAGCACACAGGUACGAGACAGGUUCUCCCACAGCACAUUACAUUGGAACUCCUUUCAGAAUGCAAGGUUUGACUGCUUGAUAUGAGUACAGUGUAGACAGUCAUAUUUUGUGACUUGGUGAUUGAUUAACCUGUGUUUUCCCCUGUCAGGUCUGAGGAACAUCCUGCCUAUCACAACAGCCAAAGUGCCUAUUGUGAAGUUUGAACACAGACAGAGCGGACUGGAGGCAGACAUAAGCCUCUACAACACUCUGGUGAGUAAAGGGACUGGUAAGGGACAGUCAAUGGCUAACAGGUCCUUUGUAACUCAAGCUAAGUUGCUGUUAUCAACAUACUUGCUUAAGCAAUUAAAUACAUGCAUCUGAAUGGAUUCAUUGGCAUCUGUCCUCUCUUCCAGGCUCAACACAACACCAGAAUGCUGGCUACCUACGCUGCUCUAGACCCUCGCGUGCAGUUCCUGGGAUACACCAUGAAGGUGUUUGCAAAGCGCUGUGACAUAGGUGACGCGUCCAGAGGAAGUCUGUCGUCCUACGCCUACAUCCUCAUGGUUCUCUACUACCUGCAGCAGAGACAGCCCCCCGUCAUUCCUGUUCUCCAAGAGGUACUGUUCACUUACCCUCUGUUAACCCUUUUCCAACCCCAAAGUGGAUACUGUUAUAGCCUGUCUCUAUGGACGUAGGCCGACACCAACAGAACAUGCUGAAAGUCUUUGUAAAAGCAAUUAUAAAAUGUUAAGGAAAUAACCCAAUGUUGAUUGGUUCCUUAGGUCUUUGAUGGACAUUCUGUACCACAGAGGAUAGUGGAUGGUUGGAAUGCCUUCUUCUUUGAUGACAUUGAGGAACUGGUGAGUUGUUGAGUCAUCAACACUACUGAAUGUAACAUCCUACAUGCCUGCUUCUCCUAAAUUAUGACCUUGAAUGAUUACCUUGAAUACGCGUGUUGUUUUGCUUACUAGUUAUUGUAGCCAAAGCAUUCUCUAACCGUUGUGAAUAUAAUAAAGCUCACUAUCCGUUGACGUAGCGUCGUCGUCUGCCAGAGCUGCAGCAGAACAGUGAGUCUGUGGGGGAGCUGUGGCUGGGCCUGCUCAGGUUCUACACUGAGGAGUUUGACUUUAAGGAGCACGUCAUCAGCAUCCGUCAGAGGAAACGACUCACCACCUUUGAGAAGCAGUGGACCUCCAAGUGCAUCGCAAUCGAAGGUAGUGAAACUAUCUUUCUCACUCACAUGGUUGUUAUGAUGAAAGGACCGAUUUGAUCACUGACAACUUACUUUUUGUUUUCCUUAGAUCCCUUUGACUUGAAUCACAAUCUUGGUGCUGGAGUUUCUCGCAAAAGUAAGUGAACUAUGUCUCCUAAGUAAUCCUUAUCAGGCCAAUUUGGUGUUGUCUCUAGUAUUUCAGUGAUCAUGGUCCCUAACACACCCCUUCUCUGUCUCGCCUCAGUGACUAACUUUAUCAUGAAGGCCUUUAUCAACGGCAGGAAGCUGUUUGGUACUCCCUUCUACCCCCAGCCUGGCAUGGAGGCGGUAUGACAAACAUUAGAUAUAGGACUGUCUUCACAAAGAGUCUUAGAGUAUGUGUGCUGGUAUAGGAUCGUUUUUGCCAUUUGAAACGAUAAUGAAUAAGAGUGGGACCUGAUCCAAGAUCGGCACUCUGAAACACGUUGUUAGUAUGGGCAUUGUUACCCUGACACUGUUGAGUUGCAUUUAUGAACGCAUAUCAAAUGAUUCCAUUUGUCUAAGGAAGAUCUUUUCUCAUGUCUAACGUAAUGUUUUCUUCUGUGGUACAGAACUACUUCUUUGACUCCAAGGUGCUCACGGACGGGGAGCUGGCACCUAAUGACAGGUGCUGUCGGAUCUGUGGCAAGAUCGGCCAUUACAUGAAGGACUGCCCCAAGAGACGCAGGUACACUGGGAGAGAACAGUGAGUUUUUUUUGGAACAAGUGUGUGUGUGUGUGCAGACCUGGGUUCAAAUACUAUUUAAAACAUUUUAAAUACUUUGAGUGUUUGCUUUAGCCUGCUUGGAGUGCCAGGUGUGACGGGUUUGCACUUUUGUCUGUUGGUUCUAUUGCAACAGGCAUAGUAUAUAGUAUUUGAACUUAAGUCGGGUGGUGGCUCCAUGUUUGAUUUAACUAAUCCUCCAUUUCUGUUUCCGUGUGCGUGUCUUUUGUCCGAACAGGGGGAUGAAGAAGAAGGAGAACGAAAAAGAGGAGGAUGUCAAGGAUGGCGACGAGCAUGAGCCACGGGAGCGUCGCUGUUUCCAGUGUGGUGACAUUGGUCAUGUACGGAGGGACUGCCCAGACUACCGCCACCUUAGACAGAAAGCUGCAGGGGGACAAGGUACACACACACACACACACACCUCAAUGUCCUUUUAUCUACUGUACUUAGUUUUUUACAGACGACAUAAUGUAUAAUAAUAACUGAUAACAAAGAAAAUACUGUACCAAGUCUGACUAUGAUUGUUUUUAGUGGCUCAACUUUAUUUGAGUGGUCCACAAUGUAUUUGGUUUUUUUAUCUGAGCUAGUGGAUCACAGCAAGAGUAUUUACCAGCUAUGUGUACAGUAACUAAUUCAUGAUUGAAGCCCUGUAUUUUGUCAUUACUAGUACUGCCCAACUGAGGGCAGCAGUGGGACUGAGUGUAUGUGGUUGUUGGUUUCUCUGUUUCCUCCAGUUUCCCACAUAGUGCGAGCCAUGGUAAGCUCCCAGUCCAUCCCCAUCCCCCAACCUCCCCACGACCGACCUGGACGCACCAGACAACCUUCCGAAUGUGUGAGUACAACAGGCCAUUUUCUGUCUCUCCCUUAGCCAGUACUGUUGCAGCUAUCUUCUUUAUGAAUCAAUACAGACCUGUAUGUAUGAUGAUUUUUUUUUUUUUAUUGAUUUCUUUCAAAAUCUUUCUUCCUGUCUUUCCCACUACCUCCUUCCCCUGCUCCCUUGCUGUCUCUCCAACUGCUCUCUCGGUCUCUCUGUCCAGUCUGAUUCCCACCAGACUCCACCCUAUUCCCCUCAGCCCACCCCGUUCUCCCAGGGUUCCAGCUCCCCCCAGUCCUCCUCCUCCAAGACCUCCAUCUCUGCUGGAGGGGGACCCCAGAAGCAGCCCCAACACCCCCAGGUUCCCCUCUCUCUCUUCAGCUUCCCUCCCUCCCACUCCCACCCAAACCAGUACCACCACCCUGGAGCUCUCACUGCUCUGGGGCUGCUGCCGUCCCACCACAACCAGCACCAAUCACACCUGUCCCAGGGGCACCAGGCCCAUCACCAACCCCACCACCCCUCCACCUCCUGGCCCAUCCACGGCCCCGUCCUCCAGACCUCCAGCGGCCCCAGAGGGCCCUCCCCGCCCAGCCUAAAAUUCCCCUUGCGCCAGACCCCCGGGCCAGGGAAUGGGAACACAGGCCCAGGGGGGUCUCCGGUGGGUGGCAGCCCCAUGAACCUCAACGACCCCAGCAUCAUCUUCGCCCAGCCGGCGGGGAGGCCCAUGGGCUUGGGAGGAGGGCCGGGACUGGACGGGCACUGGCACAACCACCUGGCACAGCAAGGGGCACUGGUGGCUAACGGCACUGUGGGCAAGUCAGGUACACACUGGGUGGCACUGUCUGUCUGUGUUAUCUGUGACUGUCUGUGUCAGUUGUAACGGUCAGUCUGUCCACGUCUUUGUUUAUUUGUCUGACUAACUGUGGUCAGAUUCUGUCCUUGUUCAGGUAGUCUUUAGCAGUAACUGUCUGUUUCCCUGUUAAUGGUGCUGAUUGUGUGGUCAGGUAAGAGACACCAGUGGUUUUGGCUACACACUUAAUUCACUGUUCACAAAAAACUGGUGCUGGGACAGAAGGAUUUUAUCAAAUUGUGGUUGGCUGAGUUUCUUGUUUCAAUUUUCCAAUGAUGUUUUGCUGUACCGAAUUUGAAGACCUCUCCUCUCCAUCCAUUCCUCCCUCCCUCUCCCUGCAGAUCCGGGCUACCAGACCCAGUUCGGGGGUGUGAGCCAGCAGGGCUCUAGGACCUGGGAGCACAGCAAUGCGGCCCACUACUCCCAGUCCCAGUCCUGGCCCUACCACAUGCCACAGAACUUCAUCCAGCAGGGCAACGGGGGCUACCCACAACCCGGCAAGCCCUUCAUGUCCCAAGGUAAAAGGCUCGGAGAGAGCGAGAGAGAGACGGACACAGGGUCAAGAGACGUACUGCUAGGACACAUACUGCUAGGAUGCCACCUCUCAUUUAGUAUUACUUUUUUUAACUAAAUGUAAUCAAAAUAAUUUACGCCUUAGAUCUUACAAAAAUGCCCCUACAGCAGUUAACUUUACUUCCUUGUUUGUCUUGGCUCCGCCCCAGGUUCUGUGGUGCACCCCAGUCAGCAUUUUCCGCUCCUCCCCCACGGACGACAUCAUGUCAACCUCAAUUACAUCCAGCAGAAGAAAUGA